CCAACUUUCUCUCUCCAAUUCCAACAAACUCAUCCACUUUCUUUCUCUAGACGAGGAGAGCGUAUCUCUCACGCGCCGAUGGGAUUUCCGGUAGGGUAUCCGGAAGUGCUGGUCCCCAAGCUCUUCCUCCACGCGCUCUCGCUCCUUGCGUGGCUCCGCUCGCUCGUCGCCGCGCUCUUCCACCUCCUCCGCCUCUCCGACCUCCUCGACACCGACGCUACCGCGAUCGCUUGGCCGCCGGAGUCCCCGCCGCCGCGCGCUCCGACUCUCUCCGCGCUCCUCAUCCGCGAGUUUCUCCCCGUGGCGGCGUUCCGUGACCUGGACGGCACCGGCGAGUCCCCUCCGUCCCCGACGGGGUGCGCGGUGUGCCUGAGCGAGUUCUGCGCGGAGGAGGAGAUCAGAUGCAUGGCGAACUGCAAACACAUGUUCCACCGCGCGUGCGUGGACCGUUGGAUCGAUCACGACCAGAAGACGUGUCCUCUCUGUAGGACACCAUUCGUGCCGGAGCACAAGGUGGAGGAGUAUAACCAGCGGCUAUGGGCCGCUUCUGGUGUUUCCCAGUUUUAUCAAGAUGAUUACACUCCUUCUCUCUGAUUUCUUCCCUUCUUUUUAUCUUUUUAUUUAUUUAUAUAUUUAUAAUCAAAUAUCUUUUUCCCCA